AUGUGUCGCUGGCACGGAUCGGCCUUGAAGUGGCUGCAGGUCCGCAUGGGUGAUGCCAGGACCUUGCGGCUGCUCGAUGCCCGCAAGGCCAGUGCUGCCCACCUGGAGUGGGAACUGAUCGUGGAUUUUGGGCAGACCCAGAGUGAGGAGGUCAUUGGGGAGAAAGUCCAGGAGCUGCUGCUCUACGAACUGGGUUUCCUGGUCUGCGUGGCCAUCGGGCUCCUCUUCAUCAUCCUCGUGCCCCUGGUGGGAUGCUUGGAGCCCAGCGGCAUGCUCCGGACCCUGCAGCCUGGGGUCGGUGCGAGUGGAUUCGGAGGGGCUGGUGAUGCCUGCGCCUUCGUCAGCAACACCCGCUUCUCCCAGGCUGUGUGCAGCACCUUCCCCAAUGCCAACAACACCCUGGACAACGUCCGCACCUACCUGGCCUCCAUUCCCCAGCAAAUCAAUUUUAUCAUCGACCGCAGUGAUGUCCCGCUGGGCCACGCCAACCGCAGCCUCCAGGACAUUGGGACCAACCUGGGCAGCAUGAUCAUCUUGAGCAUCAGAAGCAGCACGGACGGGACUCUGGGAUCUCUCCAGAGCCUCUUCAAGGUGGUGGCCCCAUCCCUGGGAGUUAACAGCACGCUGGACUCGACCCCUGCCAAGGUGCAAGAGCAGUCCCAGGAGACGGUGACAAAGACCCAGGACCAGCUGGGCCUCAUUGGGCAGGAGAUCAGGAGCUUGCAGGAGCAGUUGCCGCUCCUGGAUGUGGAGGAGAGCAUCGGGGCCUUCGUGGGCAAUGCCACGUCAGUGCUGGAGGACUACAGGGAGCCGAUCAUCUCCUUGGAUGGGCUUAGGUGGAGUGUGUGUGUCCUCCUGUGCUGCAUGGUGCUGCUGGUGGUCCUCUGCAACGUCGUCGGGCUGCUGCUGGGGCCCUUGGGGCUGGAGGAAAAUGAGGAAGUUGUCCUGCCCCCGCAGCGCCGCAGCCUCUCCAAUGCCGGCGGGAACUUCUUCAUGGCAGGGGUUGGCUUCAGCUUCAUCUUCUCCUGGCUGCUGAUGCUGCUGGUGCUGAUCACCUUCGUGCUGGGGGGGAACAUCUACAUGCUCGUCUGCGAGUCCUGGCACAGCCAGCAGCUCUUCCAGCUCCUGGACACCCCUGGCCUGAUCCCUGGCUUCAACCUGUCAGAACUGCUGGGCCAGGAGGGUGGCACAACAAACUUCUCGGAGAUAUACAGGCAGUGCCAGCAAGACACUUCCCUGUGGCAAACGCUGCACCUGGACCACAGCGUGUCCCUGGACGAGCUCUUGAACAUCAGCCAGUACACAGGAGAGAUCUCCACGGCUUUCGAGAAGAUAAACAUCACCAUGAGCCCCAUCUCCCUGCUCAGCCAGAGCCAGAGAGACUUGCUGCUGAACGCCAGCCGGGCUGGGCAGCCCCCCGACUUCACCCCUACCCUGGAGCAGCUGGAUCAGAACGUGACCCAGGGAAGCCUCCUGGAUCUGGCUGCAGAGCUGGAGCAGCUGGCAGACAAAGCGGGCACGGAUGUGAAAGAGGACCUGAAGGCUGAUGCUCGCAAGCUGAGGGAGCUGGACAAGGAGAUGCAGAUGAGCUUCUCUGGGCCACUGCAAAGCCUGAAGGAGAACAUCCACUCAGUGCAGAGCAGGGCUGCCCAGCUCGAGGCAGAGACAAAAGCCGUGCUGGACAAAGUCAGUGAAACCCAGGAGUUCCUGGAGAGGGAGAUGGCAAACAUCAUCAAGAACGAGACGUGGGCCUUCCUGGAGGGGCUGUUGGACUUCUUUGAGACCUACAUCAUCUGGGCCAAGAGCAGGCUGACAGGAGAUGUGGCCCGUUGCAGGCCCAUAGCUCAGACCCUGGAUAACGUGGAGACCAUCACCUGCAACUACAUCCUGGACUCUCUGAACGCCUUCUGGUUCAGCCUGGGCUGGUGCACCUUCUUCCUGCUGCCCGGCAUCAUCCUGGCUGUGAGACUCGCCAAGUUUUACCGCCGCAUGGACGUCGCCGAUGACUACACGAAUGAAGCCUUGGAGAUGCCACCCACAUUCAACUUCUACAAAAUCCCACGGCCAUCCACAAGGCAUUAG